UGGCGAGUGGCAGCCCUGGUUGAUGUCGUUAUGUUGGAAGAGCGCUCAUAGUCAGUCAUACAGUAGACUACUCAUUCCGCGUCUGUACGAAGCACUGAAGCAAGCAGUCAGAGGAAGACGAGGAAGGGGAGGGAGCGGUUUUGUCUCUUCAGGAAUGCAGUCCAGUAACUCUAUAAGUUGUCUUCCCACACUUUCCUCUUGACUGUGAAUGGUAUGAAAAGUUAUUGACGGAAAUGUAGUCCAGUAUUUUUCCUUGCGCGCGCGCCUAACCUUCUGUUGUGAAGUUCAACACAGCAGGACAACUGGUCUAAACGGCACACUGUGCCAAACACAAUCGAAUUUACCUCAGGGAUACUCAAAGAGGACAACUUUUGACAUAGCUUGCGGUCUUUUCAUCCAGCUAUUUUGAAUGUACAACGAAAAUAUACCCAACUGACUUGUGUGGUAGGCUAAGUCCCUGAGUUUCAUGACUGUCUCUGAUCAGUUGCCUUGCCUGUGCUUGACGGAGGGACAGGGGAUACGAUGGCCUUUCUGCUGACUCGCCGCUCCGACUGCCCGGGAAGCUCCGUGGAGGGUUACAGAUAGCAGCUGAGUUUUAGGUUCCAGGCCAGCAGCCAAAAGUACAGCCAGCUGCAUAACCAACGUCUGACUACGAGAGAGUGGGCGCGGUUAGGCCUACGAAGUUCUAGGCUGCUGUGACCAAGUCGACAAGUAGAUUCUAGCCGAAAAGUUGACCGACAUCAGGACCAUGGCUACCGCUGACACAAUGCCCCAGGCGCUGUCGGGCUCUGCAGAAUCCAGUGCCCUUGGAAAAUUGGCACAUGAGAAGGUCAUUGGUCAUAGAGGCAUUGACCAAACAGGAGAGACCACUUACAAAAAGACGCCGUCCUCUGCCCUGAGAGGAGCCAUCCAGCUGGGCAUCACUCACACGGUGGGCAGCCUCACCCAGAAGCCGGAGAGGGACGUGCUCAUGCAGGACUUUGAGGUGGUGGAGAGCUACAUUUUCCCAAGUAAAGGCACCAAUAUGACUCCUGCCCACAACUACAUGGAUUUCCAAUUUAAGACUUACGCUCCCAUGGCCUUCCGUUACUUCAGGGAUAUGUAUGGGAUUCGCCCAGACGAGUAUAUGUGUUCCCUGUGUAACGAGCCCCUGAUAGAGCUGUCCAACCCGGGAGCCAGUGGCUCUCUCUUCUACGUCUCCAGCGACGACGAGUUCAUCAUCAAGACGGUGCAGCACAAGGAGGCCGAGUUCCUCCAGAAACUGCUGCCCGGAUACUUCCUCAACCUGAACCAGAACAAGCGCACCCUGCUGCCCAAGUUCUACGGCCUCUACAACAUCAAGUUCGGCGGCAAGAACAUCCGGCUGGUGGUGAUGAACAACCUGCUGCCCCGCGCCAUCCCCAUGCACCUCAAGUUCGACCUGAAGGGCUCCACCUACAAGCGGCAGGCCUCGCCACGCGAGCGCGCCAAGCUGGUGCCCACCUGUAAGGACCUGGACUUCAUGAAUGACCUCCCCGAGGGCCUGCUGGUGGACCCAGACCACUACAGCGCCCUCUGCAGGACAAUAACGAGAGACUGCCUGCUUCUGGAGAGCUUCAAGAUCAUGGACUACAGUCUCCUUGUGGGCAUUCACCAGCUGGAGCAGCAGCCGACAGGGGCAGGGCCAGGGGGGGCAGCAGAGGUGGCCGCCGCACUGCCCGAGCGACAGAAGCCCCUCUACUGCACCGCCAUGGAGGCCAUCCAGGGGGAGGCCAAGGGGAGAACGCCUGACCAGUUCCACGACCACCUGGGUGGCAUUCCUGCGCACUCCAAAGGAGCAAGGGUGGUGGUUUUCAUUGGCAUCAUCGACAUCUUACAGUCAUACAGGUUUGUGAAGAAGCUGGAACAUUCUUGGAAGUCGCUUAUCCAUGACGGGGAUACAGUGUCGGUGCACAGGCCGGAUUUCUACGCCGAGCGCUUCCAGAAGUUCAUGUGCGAAAAGGUCUUCAAGAGCAUACCACGCGAGCUGAAGACCUCCCCCUCCAGAAGGAGUCGCGCUGGUCCUCACACCCUGAGGAGAGCCAACGUGCCUCCUGGUGCUCCUGUACGCCUGCCCGCCUCUGCCCAGUCCAACCCCCAACAGCCCCCUUCAGCUGCCCAGCCACAGCCACAAUCACAGCCGCAGUCCCCGUCAGAGUCCCAACCCCAGCCCUCGUCCCAGCCCCAGCUUCCUGAGGAGGCCCGGGGACAGAAGCCUACGCAGCCCACAGCUCCUGGCAAGGAGAGCGACAGAACUAGUGGCAUGUCGACGGCCUGCCCAGACCUGCUGCUGAGGACCCCAGCUCAAGAGAACAUCAGUGGCAGCGGCGGCGGCCAUCGCAGAGCUCCCAUCGCACGCGCUGAGACUCUGGACGAGCCUAUCGAACAUCCAAUCAGGCAGAAAAGAUCUGCAACUGUCUCUCUCCCCCUCUGUAUCCCUUGCAGGCUCCAGGUGGUCAACAAGAGGGGAGACGACGUCACUGAGGCCGGCGGUGCUGGUGAACCCACAAGCAUCCCUCUGUAGCUGAUGUCAUCUGCGCCAGUUCGCCACUCGUAGGAGGCUCGAACCCACAAACUUCCAGUCAAUGCUCCAGUUCGGGCAUGGGAGGCACAGCACGAUACUGCUGAGCUAAAGGUCCAGACCGAUAUAUCAUCACUACUGAUCUCCUGAUGAGGCUUCGGGAGGGAGGUUUACUAACCUUCUGCCAUCGAACUCUACUAGUUGGCAUCGGUUACACCUCUGAAGUUGCGAGGUGUUACGGAGAGGCAAGAGUCAGCUGAGGACAAGUAAAACAAGCUCAUUCACAUUGCUCAACCAAGUGUCCUGCUCUUGGGCUUUGAAGAACGGAAGUGUCAUGUCACAACGUGUCCAGGAACUCUAAAACGAAAAGAAAAAUGACUGGACUCCGUUGGAAAGCAGAGACUGUGGAGAACCGUGCUGUUUUACUACAGAAUAUGGUUGAGAGGGGGCUAGUAGCGACAGCAGGAACUGUAUUCUAAACAGUAUUUCAAACAUAAGUGGAGCAUAUUCACACUAGACUAUCAGGACAUGCUAUGCGCGCUGUAUGCAUUUGGCUGGGAAAUGGAAGUAUUCGAGCAGUUACACACCACAGUGUUUGUGGUAUGUAAAGGAAAUGUGGUUGUCUUUUUUGUCUUUUUUUUUUGCUCUGAAACCUGGUGGAAAUUAGAACAAUGACUUCCACAGUGGUAUGCAGAGGAAAUGGCGGUUGUGGUGGUGUUGCUACAACCGUUGACUUACCAGACCUUCUUUCUUUUUUUCUUUUCACAGAAAUAUCACAAAUCUCCUAUCAGUACUGUAUUUAUUUAUUAGUACUAUUAUCAACACAAUGAACAGUGGUUUGCAAUUUUAAAAGAUUUUUUUGUUUUAUAGUUGUUGUUGAAGUUGUAAUCUGACCAGCAGUUUGGCAUACGGUUUUACUUCUGUUAAAAAAAAACACCAAAAAAAAGGGUGCUGGCAAUUAUCUGUCUUCAAUGUUGGGCGUUUAGGGUAAAAGUGUUACACAAUGAAUACGAGUGUGGCAUCUCUGACUGUGAUCUCCCAUCCUACACUGUGGCCUCAGGGUGCAAGCCAGUCUGAGUCCUCCCAUCCUACUCUGUGGCCUCAGGAUGCAAGCCAGUCUGUGGCCUCCCAUCCUACACUGUGGCCUCAGGGUGCAAGCCAGUCUGAGUCCUCCUAUCCUACACUGUGGCCUCAGGGUGCAAGCCAGUCUGUGUCCCUCCCAUCCUACACUGUGGCCUCAGGGUGCAAGCCAGUCUGUGUCCUCCCGGCUCCCAUCCUACUCUGUGGCCUCAUGGUGCAAGCCAGUCUGUGUCCUCCCAUCCUACACUGUGGCCUCAGGGUGCAAGCCAGUCUGUGUCCUGUUGUCCUCCCAUCCUUCCCUGUGUCAUCUUGCCUCAUGAUGCGAGUCUCCACGUCAUUGAUUAUCAAAGGUUUUAAUUAACCUCUUAACACAGAGCCUCUGCUAUGGCCAUAUUGUCACCAAAUGGUAAUGACCAUGUCUUAGAGACUGCAUUGUCAUAGCAAUGUUGUUAUGAUGUAAUUUAACGCUUUCAGCAGAGUGAAUAGGCCUGUCGACAGGCCUAUCUGCAGAAAGAGGCUACUAAUAUUGUUACAUUUUAUUUUAUUUAGUAUCCUGCAAAACAACAUAAUGUAAAGGUCAUUCUCUCAUAUGGAAUUGGUAUGAUGAAUGGGAGCUGGUUGAUAGCCGGCAAACUAUUGUUUUCUCCAUGAAGUCGGGGUGACACUGAGGCAAAAGGCCAGAGACCACAGGAAAGGACCGGUGGACAGGGGUUGGGCAUUUCUCAAAGUGAAGUGUAUUAGCUUCUUAAAGUUAUGGUCAGACUUAGCUCCAGUUGUGGCUGUUGAUAUUUUAGGCUCUGAAGGAGACAGUAGUCGCAACGCGUCAGCCCAUUGAAUUAAAGGCUUUUUAACUUCACCAGCAGUGUGCCUUGGAAUCUUUGGCAGACCUUAUCAACAGCCACAAGUGGAGCUAAGUCUGACCAUAAUUUUAAGAAACUUUAUUUCCUUGAGCCAAAGAGCACCUGCUAAAGAGAAAAAAAGUGAAGCAGCACUCCUCCAUGAUCAACAUUCCCUUGUGAACAGUUGAUAUUUUUAGCAUAUGAAGUGUAUUAGCCUUGCUAGCACAAGUAAUGCCCAUUUGCUCCCGGUGUAUUCAAUUAUUACACUAAUUACACAUAGAACUAGUGAUUGGAUACUCUUUGUUGAAAUCUGUGAAAAAUGGGCGUUACUCGUCCUAGCAAAGCUAAGCUAGGACACAUCACAUUGAGGAAUACCCGUUCACUUGCACCCUCUGUGUGAAGGAUUGUGGGAGGAGGAUCAUAUCCCAG